CUUAAGAAUUCUUUCCAACGGUUUGGUAUAAUUCGAUUCAAACCCCAUUGCUUGAAGGCUGCAAUAUCUGUAGAGCAUUCAAGUUUCGAGAGAUCUGAAUAGCCUUAUCCGGUUGACAAUGGCAGGACCCAAGCUUACGGAAGCGGGCUUCAGAAUGCCAAAGAAAGAAGCCCCGACAUUGAUCGAGUUCCGUCAAAGAGCACCAUCAUUGAUAAUUUGUUGUAUCCUUAUGAUGUUGACUACCAGAAACCUGACGCACCUCCAUAAGCUGGCUGACGUUCCGAACGGGGAGAAAAUACCAACCUUGUCCACUUUGGGGUUCGAGGACCCGGCGCCUUUCGAGCGCUUGUCUUCCCUGACCUGGGAGCUGCACGAGUACUCCAAAACGACCCACCAAUCGAGCAUUCCUCCAGCCGACAGUACAAGGCCCAGGCUGUUGAUUGCACAAACAACCUCCGACUUCUACAAGCCGUUAUUUGAUAUUGGCCGGCCACUGAAUCAAGAGUAUGCACGAGUACACAGCCACGACUUUGUCGUGGCUAGCGGUAUCUACUUGUUGGACGAGACGAAGAACGAAACGGAGGCAAGUGUACCGGAGUCUCGAGCAACGUACAACAAGAUUGCUCUUUUGAGUUACGCGUUACGCCAAGGAAAGUACGACAAGCUCCUGGUGUUGGAUUCAGACGCUGUGAUUCGCAACUUUGACUUGGAUUUCGCGACUUACGGCUCGGAUCCUCAAGUGAUGUUGUUUGCCCACGCUGUGGCAACCAAUCAGCCGGGGAACCACUGGAACAUUAAUAUUGGAGUUACGCUUUGGAAUCUCCACCAAGACUUGCUUCGUCCAACUUGGUAUGAUUGGUACAAUCGCUCAAUGAGUCGAGUGUAUCGCGGUCUGGUCGACGAAGACCAGGCAGUCUUGCACAAUAUAUUGCGCGAGAUGCCGGACGAGAAUCGUCCAGUCCGUGGUGUCAACAAACUCUUUAAUGGUAAAGAAGCAGCUCUCAUUCAGCAUAUCAUGAGAAGUAGCACUGCCACAUUUGCAGUGAUGGAUGAAUCUCGCGUGGAGACCAUGAACGCCGCUGCCCAGGAAACAGUGGCUCUCUAUAAAGCGCUCUUGGACUGA